UCGGGUGUUAUUAUUCAAAGUAUGUUUCUUGGAAUCGUGUAUUCGCCUCGGCGAGUCAAUGUCAACAGCAAUUGUAGAAAUGUAGGCCAUUCACUCGUUUAGAGAAAGUGAAAGUUGUAUUUUCGUUGAAAAUAUUUUCAAUGGCAAAGCACUCGAGCUUCCUGUUGCAUUGAAAUGUUUAUUUUGACCAUUUGACGUAUUGCAUCGCAGGCAGAGUACAUUUAGCGCGAUGAAUAGCAAGGUCCCACAAGAUGACAUGAAAAAGACCAACGGAGUUGGAAAUAGGAAAUCAAAAUCUGACAACAACAAGGAAACUCGUCUCGGACAAGCUGCACAGAAAAAGAAAAAUAAGUCUAGCGGGAAAAAAUCUCAGAAGAAACGCGUUAGACUGGAAACAAUUUUGAGCGUCUUGCCAACUCCUUGCCCCAGUCAGCUGGCCAGUUUGAGCGCGUUCUUGACAAGAAUAUCCGUGAACUAUGGAAUGUCCGAGCAAGACUUGCACCGUCGAUGUCGGGUUUUUCAUAACGUCAAAAACUUGUUGGACGAAAGAAUUAUAGGUAGCCAUCUUCGAUUGUUUGGAUCGUCGAAGACCGGCCUUGGUUUGAAGACAAGUGACAUCAAUAUUUACGUGACAGAGAAUAGCGAGGAAACCGUACCGAAUAUUUUCAUCGCUAUUUUGAAUGUUCUUAAAAGCUCUGAUCAAUGUUGUGAAAUAAAAGAGGAAUUUGAAUCCGCAUUGCCUGCGAUCAAUUUUAAAGAUACCGUCAGUGGACUAUGGUGCAGAAUAAGCACGGGUACCAAUGUCGGUUAUAACACCACGUCGCUGCUCAAUCUAUAUGGCGAAUUGGACGGACGCGCCAAAAUUCUCUGUCAUUGUUUUCGACUUUGGGCAAAGGUUUGUAAAGUUGAUCGUCAGGAAAUGGGGCUGCUGCCAUCAUACUCCUUCAUUUUGAUGGUCAUUCAUUAUCUGCAGCAAGUUGAACCACCAGUUCUACCAGUCGUUCACGAGUUGAAACUAAAGAUUGACGAUGAUCCUAUUGGAUAUUUUGAUGAGAAAUAUGGUGAUCGUUUGAAAAUCAUCAGAAGCAGUUGGAAGUCAAGAAACGAGAUGAAUGUCGGAGAACUGUGGCUUGGACUGCUUAGAUUUUAUUCUGACUACGAGAAAAACGAAGUCAAUGUUAUCAAUAUUCGACAGACGAGGCGACUACCACGAUCGGAGUUAUCGUGGGGCAGAAAGAAGUUCGCCAUUGAAGACCCCUUUAGUAGAAAAAAUGUGGCAAUGUUGCUGGCGAAUAGUGAGGCUUAUCAAUUUAUCGUGGAGCAUUUGAGAGUUGCGCUGUUGUACUUUGGUCGACACCCAAACGACAAGAAUUCGGCAGAACUACAGUUGAAAGCAAAUGCUGCAACAGAUGGCAAGGAAGUCUUAGCCAAAACAUCUACUCAAAGAUCAACAGACAAAUGUGGUGUGGGGAAGAAAUCUAAAGACCCAAAACCUGAACACAAGCCUGGUGAGGACGCCAUCGACACUCCACUCGAUGAAGACGAUGAUUGUGUUGAUGGCGAUUGUGGUGACGAAACCUUUACCGAAGGUCGCAACGAACUUGCUCUUCAGUGGAGCGUCGAUAGCCUAACUGAUCAUGGCAAUGAUGACGAUCUUGUCAGCGGUAUUUUUGCGAUUGAUACCAUCAAUGACAGUGAAAUAACCGUUAACUCUGAUGAUGAUACAGUGAAUACCAGCGAAGUGAAAGAAACUAACGAUGCGAAUUCUUGCAUUACAUUGAGGAAUCACGAUGGACCAGCCGGAAAUGUCGACAACGGAACAGACUGGCCGAAUGCUGAAUACCUAUUUGAUGAGUCCGUACUUCGGAAAGGAGAAGUGUUGAAUGUUGUUGGGAAUCUUACCGAGGAAGAUGUCACGAGGACGUUGGAACCAUUGCCGCCGUUUCCUCGAUGGUUUGAGGAUAUUUUAACCAACGUCUGUUUAUGCUGUAAAGACGAUUAUGGCAUAACUGAUGAAGACGUGAAGCGAAGAACUCAUUUUCUCCGAAGAUUAGAAAAUCAUAUCAGGAGAAAUAUUCCUGAUGCCAAACUCCAUCUAUUUGGUUCCUCUUGUAACGGCUUCGGGUUUACAGUCAGCGACAUGGACGUUUGCAUGACCUUGGAAGGAAAAGCUAAAACUGACAUUGACUCCAUACAUUACAUCAGAAGACUUGCGUCGAUCCUUCGCGAUAAUCGCGACUAUUCGAAUGUCAUCACUAUUACAGGAGCCAAGGUUCCCAUUGUAAAAUUUGCACUCCAACCAGCGCGCCUCGAGGCAGAUAUUAGCAUGUAUAAUGAAGUUGCCCUGUGGAACACGAGGUUGUUGUCCACAUACGUGCAAAUUGAUCCUCGUGUGCGUAUUCUUGGAUGUGCGCUGAAGGUCUUCGUGAAGCUUUGUGACAUUGGUGAUGCGUCAAAAGGAAGCUUGUCUUCCUACGCUUACAUCCUCAUGUUGUUGCAUUAUCUGCAACAACGUGAGCCGCCCGUGAUUCCCGUACUACAAGAGCUCCACGAUACUCCCCAACAGCCGAAGUUUGUGGUGGAGGGUCACAAUUGUUGGUUUUAUGGCAAUCUUCAUGGCCUGAAGAAAAAGUGGACCUGUAAAAACGAUGAAAGUUGUGGCCUUCUUUGGCUCGGGUUUCUUCGCUACUACACGGAAGAGUUCGACUACCGUCGCAAUGUCGUGUGUGUGCGGCAUUUGAAAACGUUGACCAAGUUUGAGAAAAUGUGGAACGGAAGACAAAUUUGUAUUGAAGAUCCGUUCGUUUUGUCUCAUAACCUUGGUGCCGGACUAAGUCUUGCCAUGGUGAAGUUUAUUCGUUCGACAUUUGAAAGAGCGAGGGUACGGUUUGGAACAGCUCGCGAUGAUAUACCUUGUGAAGUUUACGCGAGACAGAGCUUCUUUUUUGAACCUGAAUAUCACACGAAUGGUCUGCUACCUCCGACCGAUCGUAAUUGCAAAAUAUGCGGUAAGAUUGGCCACAUCGCAAGGACAUGUCCAUUCAAUAAGAAAGCGCAGCGUGGUAAUGUUAAACAAAAGAAAAACGGAAAGGGUAAUCAAAAUAAAACUACAGGAACCAAUGAUCAGAAGAACGCUGAAAAUGUCGACACAAAGAAGGAGACCGCUGACCCUAUAAAAACCGACGAAGAUGCGAAAGAUGGCGAAGUCUUGAGAAGUGAUGUGCUACAAAAUAAUAUUGACAAUAGAAAAGGAGAGAACAAUAAAAUUGAAAAAGUCGAGAACAAUAAAAUUGAAAAAGUCGAGAUGGUUGUUGAAAAGAAGUCUUCAUCAGCUACCCCGACACAAGAUUGCAUCGUUCAGAAACCAUCCAACACAAGCUUUGAAAAAGGUUUACAAGGUGGCAUAAAUGUGAGAAAUAGCUCUCCAAAGCAAGCAUUAACUACAACCGGCUUACCUCCACAUCCGAAUGCGCCCUUUUCACUUUCACCGUUCGGUCUAUUUCCGACGCCGCUCCCCAAUAUGAAUUGGUCUUACCAACCCCUCUCGCCUCCCGCGUCUCCUGCCAACGUCAUGUCUCCCGGGAAAUCAACGUCUCCUCUCGUUCAACGCCCGCCUCAGGCUGAUAUGACUGGCACAUAUCCUAUACGCUUUGCCAGAAUGCCACCUGCUUCGCUUAUGCGAUCACCUCCACCAGUUACGCAUCAACUUCCCUCGGCAGACGUUGUUGGCGGAUGUCAAACGCGAAAUGACGUCAUUCGAUCUUUGCCAACUAUGCAACUACCGCCUCCAGCCGUUCAACGUCUACCACAGUCUGAGGCUGUUACCAGAUAUCCUCUACAUGUUGGCAAUAUUUUACCUACGUCACCUAUGCGAGCAACAACAACAGUCAUCCAGCGUCUACCUCACGCUGAAAUGGGUUCCAGAUUUCCCAUGCACACAUCAUCUUUGCAAACGCCACCCCGUGGUACGCAUCCAUUACCCCAGGCUGACGACAUUGAUGGCGGAAGGCUGAUUCUCGACAAUAAUUUGCCGUCUGUUAGACUUCCAAACUGCCAAUCACCAUCGAACAGAAUUCCAGUAUCUCCUGCAGUCGGAAGUCAUGUGCGACAGUUGUUUGUCACCCCCAGCAAUCCAUUUCCUUUUAACUUUUUCCAAAGAAAUCCUAACAUGUUUUCAGUCAACUCACCACGGAUGACAGGCCCCCUCUACGGUCAGCAUAUGGCCGCUCCGUCGUUCUCCCCUCCAGGAAGUAGAGCACCUCGUGUUAUUUCGUGCCAGGAACUUGAAAAUGGGAUCAACGAAUUGCGUCUAAGUGAACAAUGUACAAAUCUGCCGACUCAACAAAUUCCACCAAGAAUCAAUAUGGAUUUUGAAAAUUCGAGUUCAGUUAAGUCUUCUUUAGGCGACGCUCAUCAGUCAUUUAUGUUUGGCGAAAUGAUGCAAUGCAAAGAGACGAUGCCUGUCACAACGAAGCUUCUUGGCGAAAGUCAUAAUUACAAUGAACGAAUCUCUGAUGUGUCCUCUUCCAAAUCAAAAGAAGAUAAUUGCAGUGAGGAAAAUUGUGAUUCCCAUCCAUCACGUAUGGUUCAAAAUUCCAGCAAUGAUUCUGCUAUCACGAGCACUCCAAAUGAUGUAAACAGCACUCCAAAUGAUAUAAACAGCACUCCAAAUGAGGUAAAAAGAUCUCCAAAUGAUGUAAACAGCACUCCAAAUGAGGUAAAAAUCACUUCAAAUGAGGUAAAAAUCACUCCAAAUGAGGUAAAAAUCACUUCAAAUGAGGUAAAAAGCACUCCAAAUGAUGUAAACAGCACUUCAAAUGAUGUAAACAGCACUCCAAACAAGGUAAAAAGCACUCCAAAUGAUGUAAACAGCACUCCAAAUCAGGUAAAAAGCACUCCAAAUCAGGUAAAAAGCACUCCAAAUGAGGUAAAAGCACUCCAAAUGAGGUAAACAGCACUCCAAAUGAGGUGAAUGCCCCUCAUGACACAGAACCGGUCGUUUUCAACGGAGAUGGAAAAAGAAGGCGACAGAGGAACCGAAGUCGUUCGAAAAGAUCCAAGCAACAUAUAGAUGAAGGCGUUUCUCCUGCUAAGGAAGUCACCGACAAUUCAUGUGAUAGAAACCUUGACAGACCAGAAAAAGUAGGAUCUUCACUACAGCCUUUGACUAAACAAGAUGAAGUUUCUGAAAGUGGAACGGUUUCAUUGAAUAACUGCAUCGAUACAGAGGGCGUUGAACAUGAGGAAUUAAAAAACGUAAAAACAAACACAAAUGAACACAAAAACAACGAACACAAGAGACAUCUUGGACGUCAGUAUAGAAAGAUCUGGCACCAAAGACCUGACCAAACUAAUCGAGCGUUGUCUGUAAAUAAGUCGUCCUCCAUAAAGAAUGAGCAGCAAGUUUUCAAAAUGACCAAAAUAGAACAGCAGGAACAAUCUAAGGUUGCCGAAUGUGCUCGCAUUUCUCAAAGAAAUGAGUUUCAACAUGGAAUGAAAACAACAAACCGCGAAUCGACCGUGAACAACGACAUUUUGGUCAAUGUUUGCGGUGAGCGACGCGAGGUCAGUGUAAAAAGUCCCAUGUUGAAUGAUGGUCAAAAACAAAGGCAAAGACGUCGUAGGCGAAAACCAAGACAAGAAGUCAAAAUGUUCGCAAGUGUAGAUGCGUAAUGACGUCGCAAGUGUAGAUGCGUAGUGAGUGUAUGAACAUCAUGUGACAGUAACGUCAUUGUUACGUUGAAUGACCUACUGACAUCACUAUAUUCGUUGAGUGACAUCAUUGUGCUUUCUGUUCACAAUUCACUGUAAUACUUCUAUGCUGUCAUAUUUAAGUCCGUUAUUUGUACUCACCAAGAGCAAUUUUAUGGUUGUCAUCGUGAUACCUGAACGUCAACCUGGCCUUCUACAUCUCUGUAUAUUGGUUGUAAUGAUUCACAAUACUCCGAGAGGAUUUUUAAAGGAACUAAAUGGCAAUUUCGAUUGAUUUUUAACCACAAACACGAGCGCAUUUUACAGCCAACUUUUAUAUUUUGAUUGUUUGCAUAAAUCGCCUUUUGACUUUUAAUUCGUUUUGGUAAAUUUUCGACAUGUUUUAAUGUACGCCAUAAAUAUUAACAGUCUACCUUUGAUCGAUGGAAAUUAUGUAUAUUGUCUUAUCGUUAAUUGUGAAUGCCAAAUAACAUCAAUUCAUGUAUGUACACAUUGUUCUUGUAUUUAGUGCGAAUAUAUGAAAAGUGAAAAAUGAA